GGGCUUUAAACGCAACAGGGUGCCGAUACCGAAUAUUUUGGUGAUCAAAUGUCACAGCAUAUUUUCCCAUGUCAAGAUAAAAAUCCUUGCCUUUAAUUUAACGCGGAAUACAGGUUGACGAGUGGCACCUAUACAAACAUCGCGGCCGACACUAAAACUAAAACGCCAACGUUUGAAGAUUUAAUUAACGUUGAUUGCAUUCCAAUUGACUAUAUACCUAUACAAACGGACACCACAGGGGUCUGAGAGGAUGGUAUACAUAUAAGAAGGAAGUCGAAAGCAAGUUUUCAGUUCGAGUUUAAACACAGCGAUUUGUCGAACCUCCAAAUUCGGUUUACCAACGAUCGAGAUGGCAACUAUCAAGACCAAACUGACUAAAGAACAAGUGACACAGGCUCUGAAGACACUUGGAGAAUGGUUUCCAGGGGAGGCAGAAAACUUCAAGAAACAUCACAACGACAUUGUCCGCCAUAUUAUAGAAGGUAUGAGCAUAAAUAUUGGAGAACAGUAAUUGAAAAUAAUAUUAUUAUCAUUAAAUUACCUGAAAUAGUGAGAUUUACAAUUGUAUGUGUAAGUGAAAAUCCCAAUAAAGUUUUCAUUAUUACUAUUAUUAGGUACCGAACCAAAAGAUGGUGAACCCCUGCUUGUUCAAAGUCAUAGCAAAGAAGUAUCAGCCACUGUAACUGCAACCGCUCUUUCUUUCACACCUUGCGUAGAAGCAAUUGCCGUAUUUAUUGUUGACGUCGUUUUUUUUGCCUUGGGCUUGGUAGGGUUGCACGUGUCCAACCAAGAACGGAUGGCACGCGCGCUUCUCCGAGAAUUAGGAGAAGAUACUUUGCGCGGAUUCCUCCGAGCUAUACACAACUUCAAUGCAGCUGAUGGUGCCCUGGCAAAAGCCAAAGCCCUCUUUGCUAUUCUUGGCCAGAUCUACAAUGCUGGUGGUUUCAGGGCUGUCUUCAAAGUAAUUAAAGAUGAGAUGUCGUGGUGGGAAUGGAUUAAAACAGGGGUUAUAGCCGUCGCUCAGAUAACGGCGUGGUUUGCAACGGAUGGAGCUGCUUUCAUCGCGGAAGCAGCAUUGAGCAUCAUGAGCGCCGAGUCGUUGAUCGAGGCUGGUAUCAAGGCUGCCCAAGUGUGCAAGUGAUCCUAAGUAUAUUAACUUUAAACUUUAGCGUGAGGACUAAAGCGUACACAAAUGUUUAGUGGGUCAACAAACUGUUUUAAGCACUAGUUGCCCUAUUUUACUUAUAUUUGUUUACGAUUAUAGCUUUACAUGUUAAAAUAAGCACUACUUCAAUGAAAUUUUUCUCAAUGACAGUAUAAUUUUCUUAAUACACUUAUAACAUGUAGUUAUGGAUAUAAUGCAUAGUAUCUUGUAACUUCUAUAACUUUUGAUUGACGUUAAAUAAUUUAAAUAAGCAAUACAAUAAAAAAUUAUUUAGCCAAGGUAAAACCUUCAGUAUACACUAUUUUACAAGAAAAACAUUAAGUGGUUUACAAGAUUGCCUUGCGUUACUAUAUAUCAGGG